GAGGACCACUCGUUCGAACUCCACAUACGUAAUAUCAAUGAACACUCCAUUGCAAUCAUCUUCCCCCAUUUCGGGGCGUCAAACUCAUACCUCAUUUCAAUUUCUAUCCCACACUCUGGCCGCCGAUCACUGGCAGCUAGCUAGCUACCCGUGUUCGGAUUCAAAGGUGAACUUCUUUGAAUAUGUCUUCUGUGUGGAAAGAUAUGGUGAUAAGGUCGACAGCAAACGAUGUCUGCACAACGAGAUUGAUACUCAAGGAGAAGUUUUCCGAUCAAAUUGGGAUUUUGAGAGCUCAGCCACUCUGCACCCGACGUGGCUCCACUGUCUGCCGUGGAUCAAGAAUUAGGGCUCAUAGAAGAAUGGAGGCACAGGCUAUACUGAGCCCUGUAUCGGACCCCACCCCAGCUACUGAUAAGAAGAGGGUGUUCACUUUUGGCAAGGGAAGGACUGAGGGGAACAAAGGCAUGAAAUCCUUGUUGGGAGGGAAGGGAGCCAAUCUUGCUGAAAUGGCUAGCAUUGGCUUAUCAGUGCCGCCUGGAUUCACCAUUUCCACAGAGGCCUGUCAAGAAUAUCAACAAAAUGGCAAGCACCUACCGCAAGGACUGUGGGAAGAAAUACUAGAAGGUUUAAAAAUAGUGGAGACUGACAUGGGAGCUUUUCUUGGUGAUCCAUCCAAGCCCCUCCUCCUUUCUGUUAGAUCUGGAGCUGCUAUUUCUAUGCCUGGCAUGAUGGACACUGUGUUAAAUCUCGGACUGAACGAUGAAGUCGCAGCUGGUUUGGCUUCAAAAAGUGGAGAGCGGUUUGCCUAUGACUCGUACAGACGCUUCCUGGACAUGUUUGGAGAUGUCGUGUUGGGUAUUUCACACUCAAAGUUCGAAGAAAAACUAGAGAAGAUGAAACAAAGGAAAGGCAUAAAGCUUGAUAUGGAGCUAACAGCUUCUGAUCUGAAAGAGCUGGUUGAAGAGUACAAGGAUGUCUAUGUUCAAGUUAUCGGUGAAAAGUUCCCAUCAGAUCCAAAAAAGCAGCUGGAAUUGGCAAUUAAAGCAGUCUUUGACUCAUGGGACAGUCCGCGUGCCAAAAAGUAUCGUAGCAUUAACAACAUAACUGGUUUGAAGGGAACUGCAGUAAACAUUCAGUCCAUGGUGUUUGGAAAUAUGGGGAACACUUCGGGAACGGGUGUACUUUUUACAAGGAACCCUAGCACUGGAGAAAAGAAGCUCUAUGGAGAGUUUCUAAUUAAUGCCCAGGGAGAAGAUGUUGUUGCUGGAAUCAGAACACCAGAAGAUUUGGACACCAUGAAGAAGUGUAUGCCCAAAGCUUACAAGGAGCUUGUCGAAAACUGUGAAAUAUUAGAAGCUCAUUACAAAGAUAUGAUGGACAUCGAAUUUACUGUACAAGAAGAAAGGUUAUGGAUGCUGCAAUGUAGAGCCGGAAAGCGUACUGGCAAAGGCGCUGUGAAGAUUGCCGUAGACAUGGUAAAUGAAGGGCUCAUUAAUUCCCACACUGCAGUUAAGAUGGUGGAGCCUCAGCAUCUCGACCAACUUCUUCAUCCGCAGUUUGAGGAUCCAUCUUCCUACAAAGACUCUGUCAUAGCCAAGGGCUUGCCUGCAUCACCUGGUGCAGCAGUCGGACAAGUUGUGUUCGAUGCUGACAAUGCCGAAGCAUGGCAUGCUCAAGGAAAGAGUUGCAUCCUGGUAAGGACUGAAACAAGUCCGGAGGAUGUCGGCGGAAUGCACGCUGCUGUUGGAAUUUUGACUGCUAGAGGCGGCAUGACUUCUCAUGCAGCUGUGGUCGCUCGUGGAUGGGGGAAGUGUUGUGUUUCCGGUUGCUCGGAGAUACGUGUAAACGACUCUGAGAAGGUGGUCGUGAUCGGAGAAAAAGUCAUACAAGAAGGAGACUGGAUCUCACUCAACGGCUCGACAGGCGAAGUGAUCCUUGGCAAACAACCGCUGGUUCCCCCGGCUAUGACCGGAGAAUUGGAGAUCUUCAUGUCUUGGGCCGACAACAUUAGACGAAUCAAGGUUAUGGCGAAUGCUGACACGCCGGAUGAUGCAUUGGCGGCUCGGAAGAAUGGAGCGCAAGGAAUUGGAUUGUGUCGGACAGAGCACAUGUUCUUUGCUUCGGAUGAGAGGAUUAAGGCGGUGAGGAAGAUGAUAAUGGCGGUGACGACCGAGCAGAGGAAGGCAGCUCUAGACUUGUUAUUACCUUAUCAGCGAUCCGAUUUUGAGGGAAUUUUUCGCGCCAUGGAUGGUCUUCCGGUGACAAUCCGGCUCUUAGAUCCUCCGCUGCAUGAAUUCCUUCCGGAAGGUGAAAUUGACGAGAUUGUUGAAGGGCUAACCGCUGAUACAGGCAUGAGCGCAGACGAAGUUCAUUCGAGGAUUGAAAAGCUGUCGGAAGUUAAUCCCAUGCUUGGAUUCCGAGGAUGCCGGCUUGGAAUAUCGUACCCUGAGCUGACGGAAAUGCAGGUUCGCGCAAUAUUCCAGGCGGCGAUCUCUUUGACGAACCAGGGCAUUAAAGUCUUUCCCGAAAUUAUGGUUCCUCUCAUCGGAACACCCGAGGAAUUGAGUCAUCAGGUGAGCUUGGUUCGCGGAGUUGCUAAGAAAGUGUUUUCUGAGUGGGGCACAACACUCACCUACAAAGUCGGGACGAUGAUAGAAAUUCCGAGAGCUGCGCUAGUUGCAGACGAGAUCGCCAAGGAAGCCGAGUUUUUCUCCUUCGGGACAAACGAUCUCACGCAAAUGACAUUCGGAUAUAGCAGAGACGACGUAGGCAAAUUCCUUCCGAUAUACCUGUCUCAAGGCAUUCUUCAAAAUGAUCCAUUCGAGGUACUCGAUCAGAGAGGCGUAGGUCAGCUCAUCAAGAUGGCGACGGAAAGUGGCCGUGCAGCUAGACCAAGCCUCAAGGUGGGUAUCUGCGGAGAGCACGGUGGGGAGCCUUCGUCCGUCGCUUUCUUCGCCAAAGCUGGUCUCGACUACGUCUCAUGUUCCCCUUUCAGGGUGCCUAUUGCAAGACUUGCUGCAGCUCAAGUUGCUGUCUGAGCCCCUUGUGUAUGUCUGUAUAUAACCACCUCAGUAUUCGAAAAAAAAAGGAUCGAAAUUGUCAUCUCGUGUGAAGAAGACGACGACGAUCUUAUGUACUGUUCGUAUAAAAACAACUCCGGCGACACAGCGCUUGUAUAUCGAUUAAUUAUCAUGUGUAUUAAAGAAAUCGAUUGGAGAAAUCUUCGAUACACCGGGUUUGGUUAAACUGAUAACCGAACCCAGCAACUGAUUAUUCGCUUAUAUACACAAGUUAUAUCGUA